CAUUAACUUGAACCUAUUCAGGUUUUUAUAACACACGCGGCUAUCAUGCGCCUUCACUUCCACCGGAGGAGUUGCCAUAACCCUCCCGGCAUCCGUGAUGAACCUGCCACCAUUUAUAGCCUCGCGGUGACAAACAAUCUUAUUAUGAGAUUUAAACUUUGCCUCGACUAGACUGGAGGAUCAACACGCGCUCCUCUCACACUUAUUCCUCGCAGUUUCUCAACUGACACUGUAUACCUGCCUACCUAUACCCGCCUCCUCUGAUUGUGGUUAAACGCCAGUGUCAGCUCUCGGUUUGAUAGAAAAGCCCAAGCAGGGCUCCGGGUCUGUUCAGCAUACAUAAAGAAGAGCGGUGAGAGGAGCUCAGCCCUGAACUAAAUCACUCACCGCUAAAUGGAUCUUUGAGACUGUCCCUUGACGCAGUGAGCCGCCGCUUUGUGCGUCUUCAGACCGAAAACAGAAAACUGGGAUUCUUUUUUUUUUUUGUUGUUGUUCUUUUUUUUUAUUUUUUAUUAUCUAACAGAAAUAUCUAAUGUCUCUCUGAAAAUGUCUUGUGUUCGUGGUGACAUACAGUAAGCUCCCAGCUUUGUAUCGACGAGAGGCUCUUGCUCCGCGAUCGUCAAGCAGAGUUCAGGAAGAGAAAUCAGUGAACAUCUGCACUGCUGGAGGACACCAGUGAUGCUCUCUCACACUGAGGACUUCAACCCAGAUUACAGAGAUUAUGCCUCCGUGCACAUGAGAGAGACACAGAAAAGAAGACAGUGGCCGAAACAAUAAAAUGAGACCAUUUAAUGAUGGUAACCUUUAAGGAGAAAAGCACAAGCCAGCCUGAGGUGGUGAGAUCUCUUUUAAGUAUCACCACAAGUUCACUGCAGGCAAACCUCAAUGAAAGAAACUCGGUGUAAGGGCAGAUACAUAACAUUUUUCUGAUUGGUACAUGGGGACAGCACCAUCCAUCAAUGAAGAGGAGACAAAUAAAAGGAUUGUCUCUGGCCCCUGAGAACAGUUGAACAUCCAGCUGAUUUUCCAACCGGAUUGUCUCAGCUGUUCUGAAACCACGGUGGUAUCACCUUCCUCUGAUUUUUUUUGGCUCUGCACAUGACUCUCAGAGAAGCACCAAUGGCCUGCAGUUUAGGCAUGGUGAUGAGUGCCUUGUUUUGGUCUGUAGCCAUUGUAUAUUUGACUCAUAUUGGCAGAGUCAGAGGAGACUGCUGGUUAAUUGAGGGUGAAAAGGGCUUUGUAUGGCUUGCAAUUUGUAGCCAAAACCAACCACCUUAUGAGGCCAUCCCACAGCAUAUCAACAGCACCAUUGUGGACCUUCGUCUAAAUGAAAAUAAAAUCAAAAGUAUUCAUUAUUCUGCCCUUAGUCGCUUUGCCAACUUGACCUACCUGAACCUGACAAAGAAUGAAAUCUCCUACAUAGAGGAUGGGGCCUUCUCUGCUCAGUUUAACUUACAAGUCCUUCAAAUGGGCUUCAACAAGUUGCGGAACCUGACAGAAGGGAUCCUUAGGGGUUUAGGAAAGCUGCAGUACCUCUACCUCCAGGCAAACCUGAUUGAGACUGUGACACCCAAUGCCUUUUGGGAGUGCCCCAACAUUGAGAACAUUGACCUCUCCAUGAACCGAAUCCAGCAGUUAGAUGGAGCCACGUUUACCAGUUUGACUAAGCUGACCACCUGUGAGCUGUACACCAACCCUUUCAACUGCUCAUGCGAAUUACUUGGUUUUGUCAAAUGGCUCUCAGUUUUCCCCAACAGGACGAAUGAGCGGAUGGUCUGUGACUCCCCACCUGGUGUUUCUGGUUAUAGUUUACUGAGCCAGAAUCCGAACAAUCCGACAUAUCGGAAUGCGCUUCACAUGCUCACCACUGUGUGUACUGAUGACUACGUUACACCAUUUAUUCCUGUGCCCAUUGAGCCCACGACACCUCCACCAGACACAACACUUUGUGGGCUGGAAGACUGUCCCUCGGGCACAGAACCUGAAGACAUUACCAUUAGUACAACCUACAAUGAUGUGGAAGUAAAUCCACUAAUGAAACUGAAGCAAGUAUCAAACACAGGUGCCACCAUCACGGUUCAGAUUCCUUAUCCCUACAAGAAGAUGUACAUCCUGGUUCUCUACAACAACAGCUUUUUCACAGAUAUUCAAAACCUGAAAGAUAUAAAAGAGGACAUUGAACUAAAAAACCUUAAACCCCACACUAACUACACAUACUGUGUUGCUUCGAUACGUAAUUCACUUAGACACAACCACACUUGUUUGACAAUCACUACUGGCCCUUGGAAUGGAAAGGACAGAGCUGUAAACAAUGCAACUGCUACUCACUACAUUAUGACAAUUUUAGGCUGCCUCUUUAGCAUGGUCAUUUUUCUGGGUGUGGUCUACUAUUGCUUGCGAAGAAAGCGUCAGCAAGAUGAAAAGCACAAAAAAUCAGGGAGCCUGAAGAAAAAUAUAAUGGAACUUAAAUAUGGACAAGAACUAGAGGGAGGGACUAUUUCUCGAAUGUCACAAAAACAACUGUUGGCUGGCGAGAGCAUGGCACGCAUGCCAUACUUACCAUCUGCAGGUGAGAUGGAGCAGUACAAAUUUCAAGAGAUAAGUGAGACUCCUAAAAUGAUGAAAGGAAAUUACAUGGAAGUGCGAAGCAUGGACCACCAUGAACGCAGAGAGUGUGACAUGGGAAUGGCUGGGAAUAGCCAAGGGUCGGUGGCAGAGAUUUCCACCAUUGCAAAAGAGGUGGAUAAAGUCAAUCAGAUCAUUAACAACUGUAUAGAUGCUCUAAAGUCAGAAUCCACGUCUUUUCAAGGGGUGAAAUCUGGAGCCGUAUCCACCGCAGAGCCUCAACUUGUACUGAUAUCAGAACACCCACAGAAUAAAUCUGGCCUUCUGUCCCCUCCUUAUAAGGACAGCUACCACCACUCUCUGCAGAGGCAUCGGACCUCUGAUGUCUCACCAAAGAGGCCCAGCACUGCCACAGGAGGACCCAUGCGAAGCCCCAGGCCUUAUCGCUCUGAAUCCAAGUACAUAGAGAAAACCUCCCCAACAGGAGAGACCAUCCUCACUGUGACGCCUGCUGCCGCCAUCCUGAGGGCUGAGGCAGACAAGAUCCGUCAGUACAGUGACCACCGGCACUCAUAUCCUGAUGCUCAGAUAGAGGAGCUUGAGGGACCUGAUGGCCACAAGUCCUCCAUGUUGGAGCCUCUUACUCACUCCCGCUCUAGAGACUUAGCAUAUUCCCAGUUGCCAUCUCAGUAUCAUAAUCUAAGCUACUCCUCCAGUCCCGAAUACUAUUGCAAACCUUCACACAGCAUCUGGGAGAGAUUCAAACUACACCGGAAACGGCACAAAGAUGACGAGUACAUGGCUGCGGGACAUGCACUGCGGAAGAAAGUCCAGUUUGCAAAGGAUGAGGACCUGCAUGAUAUUUUAGAUUACUGGAAAGGUGUAUCAGCCCAACAUAAAUCAUAACCUCUUUAGGUGUUUUUAAAAUGGACCACACAUUACAGAAAUGACACAAGAACCUCAUCUGACAAUUGAAUCAAUGGAUACUUCCAUAUUAUAGUCAACUACUCACUCACGUGUUAUCACAUUCUCUUUUGAAUGUGAGGGAAAUGGGAUAAAGAUUCUUUAAAUUUGUCAUAUUAUGUAAAGCAUUCAUCGGGAAAACUUUUAUCUGUUAAAGAGAAAAUAUAUUACAAAUUAAUAAUAUAUAUGUUACAACGGAUUAUAGGUUUUUGGGUAUCGCAUGGCCAAGUCCUGUGACAGUGGAUUUGCUGUUGUGUAAUAUGAAACUACUAUAUGAAGAUAUGUCUACUGAAACCUCAGUAUUUUUUGAGGAACUACCUGGAUCCUUUAUUCAAAAAGAACUUUGUUUUCUUCCCUCCCUGCAUAUAUUUAAUUCAACAAAACUAUGUACAGAUAUGGGUUUCUAUAUUUGCAAUGUUUGCUGUGUAAAUUAAAAAAAUAUUAGUGGAUGAAUCAGGUUUUAUCAAAUGGAGAGCUGUUCAUUUCGAAUAGCUUGUUGCUGAAGAACAGUAUAUCCUACUUUAAACCUGUCAGAACAUUUCUCAUUUUUACUGUCACCGCCUGUUUUUUUUUUUAUUCUUUCCUCGUUUUUUUUAUUAAAAGCUUUUACAUGCAUUUUACAAGACGCAGAUGGAUUCAGUCUUAACGUCCCCUUAAUCACGCAAUGCAGUAUUCACAGGAUGGACUCUGAUAGACUCCACGCAGACAAGAUGCAGUGUAUUACAUGCUGUAAUGAAGGUCUCAGUCAUCAGAUUCAUGAACCAUCAUUUCUAUCUUUAGUACCAAAGUAGAAAAAGCUGAAAUGUUUACAAUAUUUCUGCACGGUCUGGGAAGCGUAUGAACACAAAGCAGUAGGUCCAUGGUGACUUUUGUUGUUGUUGUUGUUAUUGUUGUUGUUGUAUCAGUUGCUCUUUCAAAAAGGUGAACACAUUGGGAAACGAUAAUGUCCACAUACGGGAUAUGGCAUUGGAAGCCUACUACACUAACUAACAUUUCAACGAGAAGGGAACUGUACUCUAUCACCUGUUGUUUAGGUAAGGACAGCUGUUCUUCCCUACAAGAAAGCCCGAUGGAUGAAUGUAACAGAUACAUAUUCUGAUCUGUCUAUGGCAGCUUUUAUGUAAGGAAAUAUUUAUUUAAUGCUAUUAACGACUGUGUUUUCUUUUACUUUGCUUCAGUAUUUCUUCCAUUGUAUUAUAUUGCAUACUGUCUGACCCGAUAAAUGCAGGAAAGUAGUUUGUUUUUUUGGAUGAGCCUUGUUGCUUGCUGAGAGGUUUCGUUUUAUUUUUACCUGCUAGGCUGUUAAAUCGUUUUGUAUAUUAUGAAAGCUUCGUACCAGACAAUUAUCAACUUGCUAGAGUAAAAUUUGAGAAUGUGAAACUGAAUCCUCUGACUUACUGGCUGUGAAUUUGUAUAUCAUGGAAUUUUUUGAGUAAAUAUAAGACUUAACGCUUUUUCUUUGUAAGAUGUUUAUAUAACGUUUUUUUCCCAAACAGGCUCAUGAUGAUUCAUAUCAUAUUUAUGAAAGAGAAUUGAAUAUGCAUUUCAACUCUCCUACUUAUUUGAAAAAAUGUAAUAGUGUAACUCGAAAUGUAAUGUCAAUGUGGGAUGUGUCAUUUUUAGGGCCGCAGAGAAAUUCAGAAUAUCUCAGCUGCUAUCAUUUAACACUAAUUUUAACCGAAAAUCAUCAAAAAGAAGUGUGUGUAUUCAUCCACCACUUUUAUGCGAAUAUUAGAUGUUGGCUGCAUCAAGAUAACAACUGGUGGCACUAACUCUCUACUCGACCACUGCAGAGCAAGAGGGUGCUACAAGGUGACAUCAGAAAAGAAUGCCAAUGAGUCCUGAAAGGAAAGAAAACAGAUUGGAAAAAAUGAUUGAAAUAUGUAAUCUACGCUUGUUUUAUGUCUUAUUUUGACAACCAUUACAGUGUCCUCAUUAAUCCACACGGAUCCCAUAUUUUAUAUCUGUUCGCUGGAACAGAAACUUCAGUUGAAGUCACGUGCUUUGACUCACUGAGUCAGUUUCCAUUGCACAACUUUUCAACCGAGCUUAGUGUGAAAACAUAGACGUAUUUUGAUUACACUCAAGUUUCGAAUGUGUCAGCUGAAGGUGGAUGAAAACACAAUAACUGUGGUCAUUUCAUUUUGAAUACUCAAAAAACAUCAGCCGUUGGAAUGCAAAUGAAUGAUAAUUCAUAUGUAUGGGUGAAAAACUUGAAAGCAGGAUAGACAUACGUUGUGUACUGUGUGCUGAAGCGAUGACCAGAGUCUGCGAUUUGAUAACAGAGCCGAGGGAAAUAAUUUAUCUGGUGACAUACUUUUUCAUCAAGUCUUUUCCCAUGCAUUAGACAUUGAGUGUGUAAUCUAACUGCAGGCAUUAGUCAGCCCAUUUGUGUUUUUUCUGUGUCAUGACGCAGUAUCCAUUUUGUGUAAGUGUGUCACGACACUAUUAUUAUUCAUUAAUGUGAGAUGAAGCAUUCAUGAGCCUGAUGUGAAUGUGUUAUGUAAGCACUUUAUAAAGUGUUAACUUGGUUGUCUGACUUAAUAUUUCAACCGCCUUAAGAUUUUGGGAUAUGUGUACAAGUGUAAAUUUCCUUUUGUUUUGUUUCAUUGUUGAUACCGUUGACAAGUCUCCAUUUGUUGUUAUUUUUAUAAAAGCAUUUCAGUAUCUCCUGAGAGCUGUCAGGUUUCUAGUUCAUUUAGUUAUUUAGCAACAUGUUUUUUAUACUGCAUAUUGUAGCACUUCUGUGUCUAAUAAGAGUUUAAAGUGUUGAUAAAACCUUUAGAAAGAUCAACAGUUGUUCAAGUGCAUCAAAACAAACAAGAGCACAAAAAUGUGUUUUUUAUUUCAUUUCCUAAUACUAUGUUAUCUGCUUUCAGACAAAGUACUGUGAAAUAAAGUUAAGGGUGCACAUACAGUAUACACUCUCUUUAUUAUGAACUCAAACAUCUCAUUUAACACCCUUUUACCCACUCUGCUAUCUUUAUGAGCCAAGUCUACAUUUGCCAGAAGAUACACCACUUUUGAGACAUUUCCAGUGGACAUUAAAACCAUGGAACCAAACCAAAGAACAAUUGAAACACGACACAGUGGACAUAAAGUGCAAAAAGCUACAAGUACAAUAAUAAAAGGACUAGUGUGCAAGAUUUAUAGGGCUCUAUUGACCUAAUAUGGCAGAAAUUAAAUCAAAUAUUUAUAACUAUGUUUUCAUGAGUGUAUAAGCACCAAAAGUAAGAAUUGUUGCCGGUCUGAUAUGUUGAACUGCCAUGCUUCUCCAGUUGCCCAGAACAGACAACCUAAACAUUGGUCCUUUCUUGUUCUUUGUGUGUUUUGGGGCAACUGUAGUCUCUUCUUCAUGCUAGGAAAGAGAGCGUGAGGCAAGGAGGUUGCAAUCUACAACUGCAACUACACUUGUAGAUGCCACUAAAUCCCACACACUGGUCGUUGAAACAAAGUUAUUACGAACAUAUAUUUUUUUAUCAUUUUCAAAUAAAGCCAAACUCUUAAAUCAUGAAUGCCAGAUGAGCAAACCCUUCUGUAAUGAAAAAUAUGCAGGCCCUCUGUACAGCCUCCAUUAUUUUAGGAGAAAUGUUUUCUAAGACCUGCCCUGCCAUUCUAACUCAUUCAUGCACAAAAUUAUGCUGGAAGGUUCUACAAUAAACUAAUCACAUCAUCUCCACUAUAUAUAUAUCAAAUCUGUGUCUGAAAUAUGAGUCUUGUUGCUCUUGAGUAAUUAAACUCCGUUUUUUGAUGUGUGCAAGUGUUUCCUUUUUUACCCGUUUGUGAUUUUGUUCUCAUCAUUACAUCACG